ACAUCGUGAAAAUAAACGGACGAUACUCGAGGCUCCAAUAUUGCGGAGAUUAUCGUUAAUUGUUAGUAAUUAUAGUAAUAAGGAUAUAAAUGCGUGCGCGAUAGAGUUUUAGUAACAUUUUGAAUAUUUAUAUAAUAAUUAGAAUAGUGUAAUAGAUUCAUAAUUGACCAUGGUGCGAAGUAGCGACAAAGACAGACAUCACCGGCGGAGAUCGAGGUCGAGAUCGCGAUCGAGAUCGGCCGAACCCGAGAAGAAACGACGGCGAUCUAGAAGCAGGGACCGAGAGAGGGAGAGAGAUAAGGGACGACAUCGAGAGCGAAGAAGUCGUUCGCGGGAUAGAGACAGAGAGAGGAGUGACAGAAGGGAACGUUCCGAGAGGGACAGAGAUCGCGAGAGAAAACGUGGAGACAGUAAAGAAAAGCGUCUUACAGGCUCAAAAUCUUCGCGCUCUGGCAAAGAACGAUCGAACAGAUCCCGUUCCCGUGAUAGAAAGGAUAAAGAGAAGGGGGACAAUGAGGAAUUACCUUUUGAUCACACAAAAUUAGACAAGGAGGAAGAGCAAAAAAGGUUGGAAUUGGAAAUGCAAAAGAGAAGAGAGAGGAUAGAAAGAUGGCGAGCAGAAAGGAAGAAGAAAGAACUGGAAGCAACCAAAAAAGACGGUAAGACAUCUAUUUUGGCAAAUCUUCAGCUACCCAUGAAAAAGUGGUCCCUUGAGGAUGAUAGUGAUGAAGAGACUCCUGUGGUACAGAAUAACAAGGAAGCAAAAGAAGAAGGUGCAAAGGAAGAAAUUGAAGAAGUAAAUGAAGAGGUAAAAGAUAAGGAGGAGGAGAUUGAUCCACUUGAUGCUUUUAUGGCAGAGGUCCAAGAAGAAGUGAGAAAAGUGAAUAAAUUUGAUGGUAAAGCUCCAAAAAAUGCCAAUAAUGGCACUAAUUCUGCAUCACAGAGUGGCGGGGUGGUCAUUGUAACUGGAGUAGCUAAGAAAAAAGUGCAGAAACAGAAAGGAGAACUGAUUGAACAAAAUCAAGAUGGAUUGGAGUAUUCUAGCGAAGAAGAGGGCGAGAAUCUUCACGAGACUGCGGCCGGUAUAGCAAAUAAACAGAAGCGAGAAUUAGCUAAAGUUGAUCAUGCUACAACAGAGUAUCAACCCUUCCGAAAGUCUUUCUAUGUUGAAGUGCCUGAGAUAGCAAGAAUGACACCAGAAGAAGUAGAAGUGUAUAAAGAAGAAUUAGAAGGUAUUCGCGUAAAAGGUAAAGGUUGCCCAAAACCUAUCAAAUCUUGGGCGCAAUGUGGCGUAACUAAGAAGGAAUUAGAAGUACUAAAGAAACUCGGUUAUGAGAAACCGACACCUAUUCAAUGCCAGGCGAUUCCGGCAAUCAUGUCUGGUCGCGAUCUCAUAGGUAUAGCGAAAACCGGUAGCGGAAAAACGCUAGCUUUUCUUUUACCUAUGUUUCGUCACAUACUCGAUCAGCCACCAUUAGCUGAUGGUGACGGACCAAUCGCGUUGAUUAUGACACCAACUAGAGAAUUGUGUAUGCAAAUUGGUAGGGAUUCAAAGAAAUUCACGAAAUCGCUGGGUCUUUCGCACGUGUGUGUCUAUGGUGGAACCGGCAUUUCUGAACAAAUAGCAGAACUUAAGAGAGGAGCUGAAAUCAUUGUGUGCACACCAGGAAGGAUGAUUGACAUGCUUGCUGCUAACAGCGGACGAGUGACCAAUUUACGUCGAGUAACAUAUGUAGUACUUGAUGAGGCCGACAGAAUGUUUGAUAUGGGUUUCGAACCGCAAGUGAUGCGAAUUAUGGAGAAUGUAAGACCGGAUAGACAAACGGUACUGUUUAGUGCAACGUUCCCACGACAAAUGGAGGCGCUAGCCAGAAGAAUACUUACGAGACCAGUCGAAGUACAAGUCGGUGGACGUUCUGUCGUUUGCAAGGAUGUGGAGCAGCAUGUAGUUGUACUCGAGGAAGAUCAGAAAUUUUAUAAGUUGCUUGAGAUCCUUGGACAUUAUCAAGACAAAGGUUCCACCAUUAUAUUUGUAGACAAACAAGAGAAUGCAGACACGUUGCUCAAGGAUCUUAUGAAAGCUUCAUAUUCCUGCAUGUCUCUUCACGGCGGUAUAGAUCAAUGCGACAGAGAUUCAACCAUAUUGGACUUCAAAGCGGGACGAACAAAAUUGCUUGUGGCCACGUCCGUCGCCGCUAGAGGCUUGGAUGUCAAACAUUUGGUAUUAGUUGUCAAUUAUGAUUGUCCUAAUCACUACGAGGAUUAUGUACACAGAUGUGGUAGAACUGGCCGCGCUGGAAAUAAAGGAUACGCGUAUACUUUUAUUACAUCAGAGCAAGAACGAUACGCUGGUGAUAUUUUACGUGCGCACGAGUUAGCGGGCGUACCUGUUCCAGAACCCUUGCGCCAAUUAUGGGAAGGUUACAAAGCCCGCCAAGCCGCGGAUGGAAAGAAGGUUCAUACUGGAGGUGGUUUCAGUGGCAAAGGAUUUAAGUUUGACGAAUCAGAGGCUGCUUUGGCGAAUGAAAAGAAGAAAUUCCAAAAAGCAGCUUUGGGACUGCAAGAUUCCGACGACGAGGACAUAGAAAACGAUAUCGACCAACAGAUCGAGAGCAUGCUAGCGCCUAAGCGAACUGUUCGUGAAAUUGCGAAACCGACCGCGACUAGUGUUACAGUGCCCGGUCAACCUAUUCCUAGUGCCACUGAUAAACUCGAAUUGGCCAGAAGACUGGCGUCGAAGAUAAACAUUGCAAAGAAUCUGGGCGCUGAAGCGAAAGGCGCUACUCAACAAGCAGCGGAAGCCAUAUUAAAGGGUGCAGGACCUACCAAUCUUAUCACGGCAAAGACAGUCGCGGAACAACUAGCAGCGAAACUGAAUACUAAAUUGAAUUAUCAGCCACGCGAAGAAGAUCUCGUAGAAAGUGAUGUGGAAACGGGUGAGCAAACAUUCCGCAAGUAUGAAGAGGAACUCGAGAUCAACGACUUCCCGCAACAAGCGAGAUGGCGAGUCACAAGCAAGGAGGCUCUUGCUCAAAUCUCGGAAUAUUCUGAGGCAGGUCUGACAGUGAGAGGAACGUACAUCGCACCUGGAAAAACGCCACCAGAGGGAGAGAGGAAGUUAUACCUGGCAAUAGAAUCAACGAGUGAGUUGGCAGUCAGCAAGGCCAAGGCGGAAGUGUCUCGACUCAUCAAGGAAGAACUUAUUAAACUGCAAGCGUCUGGUGCUCACACUGCAUCGCGAGGUCGCUAUAAAGUUUUAUAAAAUUUUGGGAUCAUUUUAACGAGUAUAUAGUGUAUACCGUAAGAUUAUCAUAUGCGAAUGUAUAUGAUAAAAGUUUAGAAAUUUAUUAUACAUGCAAAUAAUGUGUUUGUUUUUAACAAACUACAAUAACAAGAUAUACUUAACGACUG